AUGGCAAAGAAUGGAUACAAAAAGAUCUCCACGAAUGAAGAGAAAGAAGCAGUCAGCUUUAUGUCUCUUCUUUUCUUUCAAUGGAUGAAUCGUAUCGUCAAGAUAGGCAAUGAAAGACCAUUAGAUGAGAACGAUUUUUCACCGCUUUCAAAAGAGAACUCUGCCUCAUUUCUGACCGAUCAGCUUCAAGCAAACUGGAACAAAGAAAAAACAAAGUGCAAAAGUAAUCGAAAAGGGCCUAAAGUUUGGAAAAACGUCAUAAAGUUAAUCUCGGUUAAAGAUAUCCUGAUUAUUGUAUUCACGAAUGCUUGCUAUUCGAUUUCUCGCCUUCUUCAACCAUUGCUAUUGGGAUCUCUUAUUUCCGUACUGAUGUCAGCUGAGCCACAGAAAGAUAAUCUUCUUUAUGGUUGUACACUGGCUUUGUGUAUAAAUUCCUUCAUCGGAGCUUUUAGUAUGCACCAUCACGACUAUAGAUGUAAGGUGUUGGGUAUCAGAAUGAGUUGUGCCUUAAAAGGUCUAGUCUACCAUAAGACGCUACAUCUCAGCAAGGAUGCAUUGUUAAAAGUUACAACUGGCCACGUGAUCGACCUUAUAUCAAACGAUGUUCAGCGAUUGGAGGAACACACUGUUAUGUGGAUGUCUUUUUCGAUAUUUUCGUGCUUUUUUCUGGUAGUGCUAGCAGUAUUACUUGUGUUUUCGAUUGGCUGGCAAUCUCUUAUGGCAGCAUCAUACCUGUGUUUUCUUGUGCCAUAUUUCACUGGAUUCUCUUAUAUAAGCGCCGCACUUCGCUUACGUACAGCAGUGGCGUCCGACCAGCGCAUCUCCAUAAUGAACCAGAUGGUUUCUGGAAUUCGUGCCAUCAAAACGCAGGUGAAAUUAACACCAUCCGUAAGAAAAGUGCCAGUUCUGUCAGGGGUUCUUGCCUUGUGGGACAAUUCAGUAUCAGUGGCGACCCUGUUGUCUGUCGUUACUCUUGUGCUUACUGGUCAACCCAUCACACCUGUUAAUGUCUUUAUGCUGCUAGGUUUUAUGCAUUUGGCAAGAGAUCAAACAUGCUGUUUCAUUUCUUCUGCUUUCCUAGAAACAUAUGAAGCAUAUGCAUCGCUAGGAAGAAUAGAAGAUUUUCUGCUUUUAGAAAACCUUCCCUCCAUCUCACGUAGUCAGUCCAAAGGGGACACCAGUAAUACAGAGAGCAGUUCAAGCAAAUUAACGAAUACUCUGUCAGAUCAGAAGGCGAAAAUGGAAAAAGUAUUCAGUGCUGACCUUGUACAGAAUCUGCAAGACAAGCCCAGUAUUUUAUGUGUGUCGAAUACGACGCACAGACAAAUCCAGCGACAAGAUGAAUUUAUUCUGCAGGUGGGCAGCGGAAAAUCUACUCUUCUCUCAGCCAUCGCUGGAGAGAUCUCUGAAGUUAGCAGGACAAUAACCUUCCAAGGUUCUUUUGUUUAUGUUCUCCAAGCAGCUUGGAUCUUCUCUGGAACAAUAAGAGAAAACAUUCUGUUUGUUCAACCAUACGAUGAACCGAAGUACAGCAGAGUAAUUGAAGCAUGCGCGCUCACGGAAGACGUCCAGUGGUUUCCUAACUAUGACCAAACAGUUGUUGGAGAACGCGGUGAAAUUCUAAGUGGAGGUCAGAAGGCCAGAGUUAGUUUAGCACGCGCAGUUUACGCUGAUGCAGACCUUUACUUGUUAGACGAUCCUCUGAGUGUUGUGGACUUUAAAGUUGGCCAACAUAUCUUUGAAACAUGUAUCAACGACCUACUGGGCGAUAAAACCCAAGUGUUGGCAUCACAUCAAGAACAGCACAUGAAAGAAGCUGAUCAGGUGAUUGUGAUGUACAAAGGCCGCGUUUUGGAAAAGGGAAGUUUCACUGAACUACGAGAAAAAGGUAUCCUAAACACAACUGUUGAUCCGCUCUAUCAGACAAUUGGGAAAGAUAGCAAUUUUACUAGGAGCUUUGCCUGGGAGAUUGAACAGAAAAACAAAGGUGUUGAUGGCUGUGAAACAAUGGUUCGGUUUAUCCACUACCCAAUGAAGCUAGGGGUCUGGAAAUAUCACAAGAAGAUCGUUCCAUCGGAGUGGUUUCAUGGCAGCUUUAUUGGAACUACUUUAGAAGCGGAGUACAUUGGUCAACAAUUUGUGCAGUAAUUUGUUUUUGCUUCAUAGCGCAAGGUAAGACUUUAUAUUUUAACUAGUU